UUGGAGUUCCCGGAGUCGACAGGGACUGGGAUUGGUGCGAGGACCGGCACUAGCUUUCGGGUAUCCUGGGCCAAAGCGCGGGGAGGUGGUCACCCAGGAGCUGGUGUGGACUCACGGCUCCCUCAACCCGCCACACGCCCUCGCAGAGGAAAGGAGCCAGGAUCUUCUACCUCAUUGCGCGGCGGCGGGGGUGGCGCUUGUCGCGUGUUGGGGCGGGACCAGUGGGGCGGGCUGCUGGGGGCGAGUGGCCAUGGAGGGAGUGAGAUACAGGGGUCUAGGAGGUGGCAUCGAGACCUAGACCUAGAAGUGCAACAGGGGAGGAAUUGGGAAACCGGUGGCUGUGGGUGUGUCUGGCAUGGGAUGUCAUGGAAAGGAGGGGGCCCAACCACAAAUCCUGAGUAGAUUUGUGGAUGUUUUCUUGGAGGUGCCCUGUACCUCCCGUUUGCUCAUUUAUUUGCCAACAGGAGAGUCCCCAUGGUCUCUGUUCAAGUUCUGGGAACUUUCUCGUUGGGUGGGUUUAAUCAGCCACACUAUUAUAGAACUGCCCGGGGUCUUUUCUGAUACUGGGCACAAACCUUGGGAAUAUGUCAGAAAACAGGAAGCCACUUGUGGGCUUCGUGCACAAACUCCCCAAUGGGACUGCACCUGGGAACUCAGGCAAGACUCACUGCCCUUCGUGCAUGGGGCUUUUCAAAGCUCCCAGGCUCUUGCCUUGUUUGCACACGGUUUGCACCACGUGUCUGGAACAGCUGGAACCCUUCUCAAUAGUGGACAUGCGAGGGGGAGACUCUGACACAAGCUCUGAGGGGUCAAUAUUCCAGGAACUCAAGCCACGAAGUCAGCAGCCACAGAUCGGCAUCCUCUGUCCGGUAUGUGAUGCACAAGUGGACCUGCCUGCAGGUGGAGUGAAGGCUUUAACCAUAGACCACCUGGCAAUGAAUGAUGUCAUGCUGGAGAAUCUUCGAGGGGAAGGCCAGGGACUGGUGUGUGACCUAUGCAGCGACAGGGAAGUGGAGAAGAGGUGUCAGACCUGCAAAGCCAAUCUCUGCCACUUCUGCUGCCAGGCUCAUAGGCGGCAGAAGAAAACAACUUAUCAUACUAUGGUGGACCUCAAAGAUCUGAAAGGUUGCAGUCGGAUUGGAAAGCCCAUCCUGUGUCCUGCUCACCCUGCAGAGGAGCUGAGGCUGUUUUGUGAACUCUGUGACCGGCCUGUGUGCCGGGAUUGUGUGGUGGGGGAGCACCGGGAGCACCCCUACGACUUCACCAGCAAUGUCAUCCACAAGCAUGGGGACUCCGUGCGGGAGCUCCUCAGAGGCACCCAGCCCCGUGUGGAGGCCCUGGAGGAAGCCCUGGCUCAGAUCAAAAAGAUGAACAGUACUCUCCAGGAGCGAGUGGAAGUAGUGGCAGCCGAUGUGCGAAAGUUCUCUGAGGGCUACAUCAAGGCCAUUGAGGAGCACCAGGACAAGCUGCUGAAACAACUGGAAGACAUACGGGUCCAGAAGGAAAACUUCCUGCAGCUACAGAAAGCACAGCUGGAACAGCUGCUGGCAGACAUGCGGACUGGAGUGGAGUUCACUGAGCACUUGCUGACCAGCGGCUCGGACUUGGAGAUCCUUAUCACCAAGGGGGUGGUAGUAGAACGGCUCAGGAAACUGAACAAAGUUGAAUGUAGCAUCCGACCUGGAGUAAACGAUAAAAUAAGCUUCUCUCCUCAGGAGAAAGCAGGCCAGUGCCGUGGCUACGAAGUAUAUGGGGCCAUUAAUACCAAAGAGGUGGAUCCAGCCAAAUGUGUCCUUCAAGGAGAAGAUCUCCACAGAGCUCGAGAGAAACAGACAACCUCUUUCACCGUACUUUGUAAGGAUGCGGCAGGAGAGAGCAUGGGCAGGGGAGGAGACAAUGUCCAUGUUGCAGUUCUCCCUAAAGAUAAGAAAGACAGUCCAGUCAGGACAAUGGUCCAAGAUAACAAGGAUGGAACAUACUACGUUUCCUACACCCCCAAGGAACCUGGACUCUACACUGUGUGGGUCUGCAUCAAAAAGCAGCAUGUGCAGGGCUCGCCAUUCACUGUGACCGUGAGAAGAAAGCACCGCCCACACCUAGGUGUGUUUCACUGCUGCACCUUCUGUUCUAGUGGAGGCCAGAAGACUGCACGCUGUGCCUGUGGAGGCACCAUGCCAGGUGGGUACCUAGGCUGUGGCCAUGGGCACAAAGGCCACCCUGGUCGUCCCCACUGGUCUUGCUGUGGGAAGUUGACUGAGAAAUCUGAAUGCACAUACACAGGUGGGCAGAGCACCCCGAGGAGUCUACUUAGGACUGUGGCACUCUGAUGGCUUCCUGGCAGCCUGGUAAAACUGCAGACGGCUUGACUUCAGAUUUCCAGAGGAUUCCAAAGCUCCGUUAAUUCUGAAGAGACUGAUAGAAUUAAAAACAAAGUGCCUUAUCUUAUGUUACAGUUGAAGUGCUUAUUUGUAAGUUACUUGCUGAUUGUACUUGUGAAUGGUUGACUGUGUUUCUCUUUUAAGGUAGGUUGGCGUGUUCUUUCUGUUUUGUGCAGAUAUGGAAGUAUCUAUGCCCUUGGAACUUAGAAAUCAUGGAGUGGGGAAUAACUUAGCUCCUUACUUUCUGAUAUAGAAUAACCUUUUUAAUUUUUCCCUGAGCUAUGUUAUUUAGACAUUUCCCUCAGAAUAUAAAAACCUCCCUCCAUUUUAUCCACUGUUUCUUAGCACACUUUCAGUGGAUUCACUGGUACGUAUUUUGUGACCAUUAUAAUGUAUCCUUGCUGUUUGGGCAGGUGUCUCCCUCCUAUCCUCUCUGGACCAUGUCCACCUACUGCCCCUGAACCUGAAAGAUUGCUCUUUGGAAUAGAGUAUACUAGAGUAUACAAGUAGAAAAUUAAUACAAGGGUGUUGAAAUACAUCUCACAUAUCUAUUGCAGUUCUGUUGAUGCCAGGUGGUCUAGAUGCCAUCAUCCCUUCACAUCACUUUGAUAUUUAGAGAAUAAUUUGCUUGUGUGUAUAUACCUAGAAACUUACCUGAAAACUUUGUUUCUUACAAGGUGCCUUAUUAGCUGCUAGAGAAUUCUGGGGAGAGGAAAUAGCUCUGGUGCCUCAGCCCUGCCAAGCAUUUCUCUGUUUAUGUUUUGUGUGUUCUUCUGGGACUCUCAGUUUCUUCCAUAGCAGUAAACUCAGAAUAUAUUAAAUAAAAUUAUUGAAAUCUGCAUUGUAAGAUUCCUUAA